CGGGUUUGGGUUUACGACAAAAUCAUGUCGCCCCCGAAAGGAAAACUGUUGCUUAAAGAUUCUCAAGUCGUUGUGGCAAUGAUGAAAAAUUUAGGAAUACGUGACUGCGACGAACAUAUCGUAAACCACCUGUUGGAAUUUAAUAACUACAAAUCCAUAUCACUAAUUUUGGAAGAAGCCAAAUCAUGUGCAACAUUUGCUAAUAAGAGCACAAUUGAGGUUGAUGAUAUCCAAGUGGCAAUCAAAAUGGCAAAGGACAUCGGUUUACAUAAAUCUCCUCCAACUAAUAAACUAAAUAAUGUGGCAAAUGUAUCAAACAAAACACUAUUACCUGCAAUGAAUCCUAAAGGUAGACUGAGAAAACAUAAAGAUGGAUCACAUUUUUCAGCAAAAAUUCACAAACUCAAAACUCAUACGGAUACCGGAUUAAAUGCAUGGAAAAACAUGAUUGAAAGAACAGCUGCUGAAAUAUUGAAUAUGGAUAAACUAACUAGAACUGAUGCCAAUAUUAAUAUUCCUAUACUAACUGGUCAAUGUCCGGAUGAAUUACCUGUAUUAACAGAUUUAGACGUUGAAGAGGUUAUUUCAGAUCAACAGAAUAACCAAGAAGUAACUACACAUAAAGUCAAUGAUUUUAAUGUGGAUGCUCUAUUAAAUGACCCUUACUCAUUGUGAUUUAUGAUUUAUAAUUAUUAGAAUGUAUUUAGUAAAAUUGA